GAGGGGCUCACCUGCGGCAGGUGCUACGGAGCGGCCGGGCGCUGCGCGAGGAUGCUGCGCGAGCGGACGGUGCGGCUGCACUACGGCAGCCGCGUCGAGGCGGUGUAUGUGCUGGGCACGCACCUCUGGACCGACGUCUACAGCGCGGCCCCCGCGGGCGCCCAGACCUUCAGCCUGAAGCACUCGGAGCGCGUGCGGGUGGAGGUGGUGCGCGAUGGGCAGGCCGAGGAGGUGGCCGCCAACGGCAAGCAGCGCUGGGCCCUGGCGCCCAGCACCACGCUGCGGCUCACCAUGAGCCAGGCGAGCCCCGAAGCCAGCAGCGACAAGGUCACCGUCAGCUACUAUGAGGAGGAGGGGAUCACACCCAUCGACCAGGCUGGGCUCUUCCUCACGGCCAUCGAGAUCUCCCUGGAUGUGGAUGCAGACCGGGACGGCGUGGUGGAGAAGAACAACCCAAGAAAGGCAUCCUGGACCUGGGGUCCUGAGGGCCAGGGGGCCAUCCUGCUGGUGAACUGUGACCGAGACACACCCUGGCUGCCCAUGGAGGACUGCAGUGAUGAGAAGGUCUACAGCAAGGAAGACCUGAAGGACAUGUCCCAGAUGAUCCUGCGGACCAAAGGCCCCGAGCACCUGCCUGCCGGCUAUGAGAUCGUCCUCUACAUCUCCAUGUCGGACUCGGACAAAGUGGGCGUGUUCUACGUGGAGAACCCCUUUUUCGGCCAGCGUUACGUCCACAUCCUGGGCCGGCGGAAGCUCUACCACGUGGUCAAGUACACAGGCGGCUCCGCGGAGCUGCUGUUCUUCGUGGAAGGCCUGCGUUUCCCCGACGAGGGAUUCUCAGGCCUGGUCUCCAUCCACGUCAGCCUGCUGGAAUACAUGGCCGAGGCGAUCCCUCUGACGCCCAUCUUCACGGACACUGUGACGUUCCGCAUCGCUCCGUGGAUCAUGACCCCCAACAUCCUGCCUCCCGUGUCGGUGUUUGUGUGCUGCAUGAAGGACAACUACCUGUUCCUGAAAGAGGUGAAGAACUUGGUGGAGAAGACCAACUGCGAACUGAAGGUCUGCUUCCAGUACAUGAACCGGGGAGACCGCUGGAUCCAGGAUGAAAUCGAGUUUGGCUACAUCGAGGCCCCGCACAAAGGCUUCCCCGUGGUGCUGGACUCCCCCAGAGACGGAAGCCUGAAGGAUUUCCCGGUGAAGCAGCUCCUGGGCCCAGAUUUUGGCUAUGUGACCCGGGAGCCGCUCUUUGAACCUGUCACCAGCCUUGAUUCCUUUGGGAACCUGGAGGUCAGUCCACCAGUGACCGUGAAUGGCAAGACAUACCCCCUGGGCCGGAUCCUCAUCGGGAGCAGCUUUCCUCUGUCCGGUGGUCGGAGGAUGACCAAGGUGGUGCGGGACUUCCUGCAGGCCCAGCAGGUGCAGGCGCCCGUGGAGCUCUACUCAGACUGGCUGACCGUGGGCCACGUGGAUGAAUUCCUGACCUUCGUCCCCAUCCCAGGCACCAGGGUGAGCUGAUGCUGAGGCUGGAGGGAGGAGGCUAGUGUGGAACCCCUGUGCCGCCAGCUCUUGUCAGCAGCGGGGGCGACCAGGAAGUGGAGUGUACAGAGGAGGAAGGAAGUAGGCUGAAGCUGGCUUGCAUGUUGUUGCUGUGGCCAGUAAAUGUUUAACCCAAUAAAUCUGAAGUUUUAGCA